AUGAGUCGUUUUGCUUAUGUUUCAAUAACCCGUUGUUGUUUCUUACUCCUUUACUUGGUUGCAGAGACUUUCGAGCUGGCGCUUGCCGUCCAGACAAAGGAGCGGGCUAGUUCCCAAAUACAAGUGUUCCUUCUGAGUUUUAAUCUUUGUUUUGAAGAAAAGCGAUGGAGACUUUAUUCGAAAUCGAACAACUUACAGAGUGGAAGUAGGACUCCAAAACAAAAGGUCUCGACGUCUCUCGUGUAA